UACAUAUCUCUCUCUAAACCGGAUACCACAUCUGUCUCUAUCUCUCUCCUAAAACCACAGUGUGUGAGUGUGACCUGGAAUGGAAUUCGAAAUCGCUGGCAAAAAACUGCUUUGAGAGCCUUCCCAUUUCAAAAAACAUCCAAAAAUAAAAACAAAAUUCGUAUAAUUUCUUCGAUUUUCAGUUUCUGUUCCGAAUCCGGAAGUCGCAGUCACAGUCCUAGGGUUCCGAUUCAUCUCUUGGUAGUGUUCUCUCUCUCUCUCUCUCUCUAGGAUCUCUCAGAUCGUUCAAAGCCGUUCACAAAUCUCUUCGUUGUCUUCUAUUCAAUGGUGUUUGGAUCAUUGUAAGCUUUCAUAGUGUGUGAUGGAUACUGAAAACAAUGUAGCAGUUUCUGGCCAUGAAAAUGGAGUUCAUGAACAACUUUCCGUUGGUUUGGAGAAAUUAAAUGGAACCCCUAAUGGUGGUGCAGAGAUUGAUGGGUUGACAUUGAACUUUGAAAGUGUUGUGAAUUUGAAUGACAAAGGAGCCAUUGACUUAUCUGCUCAAGAAGUCACAGAGGAAUCAAUAGUUCGUGUAGAAAGCAAUGGCGCAACUGUUUCUAAGGAACUCAAAGUGGGAGAAAUAGAUCAUUCAAAGCAUGUUAAACCACAAAAGGGUAAAAGCAAGGCUAAGAAUGGGAAGCCUUUGAGCCCUAAACAUGCUGCACCAAUGUUGGUGAAGAAGAGCAAAGACGGAAAAGAAGUGCAAACAUAUUCCUCUGGUUCCAAUGGUUCUGUUGCCUCUGAUUCACAUCCAAAACAGCCUUUAGCCCUUAAAGCAAAGAGUAGGUCAUUUAUUGACCGGCAGGCUGCUGACAGAUAUUCUAAAACAAUGCCUGCUCUAAUUAGUGGUCAUCCAUCUAAGCAAUCUGGGAAGUCUGAUGCAGCUUCGUCUGCUGCAAAUGUGAUACUGUCUGAUGGCCUUAAGGAGAAGACAAAAAUGCAGACGUUGAAAAAGGUUUCCUCAGAUAAAGCCGAAGGAAGCACACAGUCUUCUUUAAGCCCUACAACAGAAGAUGCUAAACUCCAGAAAGUGGGUGCUCUUCCACAUUACAAUUUUAGUUUUAAGUGUGAUGAAAGAGCUGAGAAAAGAAAAGAGUUUUACUCCAAGCUUGAGGAAAAGAUUCAUGCAAAGGAAGCGGAGAUAAAUAAUUUGCAAGCCAAAACCAAGGAAAGUCAGGAAGCUGAGAUCAAAAUGUUAAGGAAGAGCUUGACAUUUAAGGCUACACCAAUGCCCAGCUUCUAUCAGGAACCUCCUCCUCCUAAGGCAGAGUUAAAAAAGAUACCACCAACAAGAGCCAAAUCUCCUAAGCUUGGUCGAAAGAAGAGCUCACCUCCUAGAGACUCUGAAGGAAACAGUAGCCGCAGCUGUCGACCAGGUCGGUUAAGUUUGAAUGAGAAUGUGUCCCAAAACAACACUGCCAAAGGAAUUUCUCCAGUCCAUGUUAAGAAGCCUCUACGGAAGUCCCUUCCGAAGCUGCCAUCUGAAAAAACGAACUUGUCCAUUGAAAAAAAUGAAGCUGCAUCUCAGAAAAUUACCUUAUCAAAUGCAACGAACAAAGAUGCAUCUCAACAAACAACCUUAUCUAACGAGAUCAAUGAAUCUGCAUCUCAUAUCCAAGAGGGAGGUUGCUCCAGCCGUUGAGUCAUGUGAAACUCAGCCUAGUAUGGCGGAUGUCCAUUUGGAGCAGUAAAACAGAACAAGUGUGGAACAAGAUGUAUGUUUAUUCUGCCCUCAAUCCAUUUUGGCAUAAAAUAUCAGAAGAGGAAUGACUAAUGUUUGAAUUACAUCAUUGGGCAACGGAGACCUGAAGAUUAUUUGUAUUAAGGGUUGUUCUAUAUGUGUCCAUAGUUGGCAGCAAUGUUUGGCCGUUUAUGAAGGUUGCUGGUAUGCGCUUGGCUAUUGCAGCAUUGUUUGUUUACUGUAUCCUUAACUUAUGUUAAAUAUGCUUUAUAGCUGCCUGGAUAUCGACAAGUUUUGAGAAAGUUUUGGAGAAAAUCUGUCUUUAGUUGGUUCAUGAAACUAAGAACUGGCUGUUUAGAUUUUAGUUCGACAAACAUUUUGGGCUUGUAUUUGCUAUUAAGACUGUUGAUGAACAAAUUGGUAUUGAUUGUUAAAUCUAAGGUUAAACUUACUGUUGAAUUUGCUUGGGUGGUCAUAUUUUGGGUUCUGUAGUAGAUGCUCUUCCUGUAAUGGCUGUAUAUAAAUUUUCAAGCAUUAGGUGUU